CUUUUUUUUUUCUUUUUCCCUUUUCUUUUUCUUUCUUUUAUUCUUUUCCUUUCUUUUUUUCCCUUUCUUUUCUUUCUUUCUUUUUUCUUUUUCUUUUUCUUUAAGGUGGGGAAAGAGAGAAACAGGAGACAGGAAGCUGAUCUGCAAGGAUUCGGAGUUGUGCUAAAAGGACUUUGAUUUUUUUUUCCCCUUUACAAACGCUGGCAAUUGACAUCACUACAGACAGCUUGGGUAGAGAACAAACUGCCUCAUUUCAAGGGGACACCGGCAGCUGGGGGAAGCCAGACAAGAUUUGGGGAGUCUGUGUGUGUGUUUUCUUUUUUGUUUUUUUUUUCCUAUCUCACACACACACACCCUUUUUUUUUUUUUUUUCUUCUUUGUUUCUCUUUUUUGGUGUGUUUCUUUUUUAAAAUCUUUCUGUGUUGGAACUAGCGAGUGGUGGAAGACAAGGAGUCCCCGAAGCCUCAUCAGUCAUCGGGACUGUCAGGAGUAGUGGCUUAAGAGGAAGCUCGGCCUGGGGCACUAUACCCUGUCAUCCAGUUCCCUGCCUCGGAGAUAAAGAUUCCAGCUACAUGGGCAAACGCCUGGAUCAGCCACAAAUGUACCCCCAGUACACUUACUACUAUCCUCAUUAUCUCCAAACCAAGCAGUCCUAUGCACCAGCUCCCCACCCCAUGGCUCCUCCCAGCCCCAGCACAAACAGCAGCAGCAACAAUAGCAGCAGCAACAGCAGCGGGGAACAGUUGAGUAAAACCAACCUGUACAUCCGAGGCCUUCCACCGGGCACCACCGACCAGGACCUAAUCAAGCUGUGUCAACCGUAUGGAAAAAUUGUGUCCACAAAGGCAAUUCUUGACAAAAACACAAAUCAGUGCAAAGGUUAUGGUUUUGUAGAUUUUGACAGUCCCGCAGCCGCACAGAAAGCAGUAGCAUCUCUGAAGGCAAAUGGCGUGCAGGCACAGAUGGCCAAGCAACAAGAGCAAGAUCCAACAAACUUAUACAUCUCAAAUCUUCCCAUUUCUAUGGAUGAACAGGAACUUGAGAAUAUGCUGAAACCCUUCGGACAUGUCAUUUCCACAAGAAUACUAAGAGACGCUAAUGGAGUCAGCAGAGGCGUAGGCUUUGCCAGAAUGGAGUCUACUGAAAAAUGUGAAGUGGUAAUUCAACAUUUUAAUGGAAAAUAUCUGAAAACACCACCGGGCAUCCCAGCCCCUAGUGAGCCUUUACUGUGCAAAUUUGCUGAUGGAGGACAAAAGAAGAGACAGAAUCAAAGCAAAUAUACCCAGAACGGGAGGCCUUGGCCCAGGGAAGGAGAGGCUGGCAUGGCUCUGACCUAUGACCCCACAGCUGCCAUACAGAAUGGAUUUUAUUCUUCACCGUACAGUAUUGCAACCAACCGCAUGAUUCCACAGACAUCUAUCACGCCAUUCAUUGCUGCUUCCCCUGUCUCCACAUACCAGGUCCAGAGUACUUCAUGGAUGCCUCAUCCGCCAUACGUUAUGCAACCAACAGGUGCUGUGAUUACCCCAACAAUGGACCACCCGAUGUCAAUGCAGCCAGCAAACAUGAUGGGUCCCCUCACACAACAGAUGAAUCACCUUUCCUUGGGCACAACAGGAACGAUUCAGUCCCAAGACAGGAUUAUGAUACUCCACCAGCUGUUGUGUCAGUAUAUGACUGCUGCCGCUCCUAUGCAAGGGACCUACAUUCCCCAGUACACGCCCGUGCCUCCGACAGCUGUCUCUAUUGAAGGUGUUGUUGCUGAUACCUCUCCCCAGACAGUGGCACCUUCAUCCCAGGACACCAGUGGUCAGCAGCAACAGAUAGCAGUGGACACACCCAACGAACAUGCACCUGCAUAUUCUUACCAACAAUCAAAACCAUAAACAGGACUAAAGAAUGUCCGUCUGAAACUUUGCCUUGAAUGAAGAAACUUCAUUGAACAAGAAGUUGGCUUCCAGUUUGCACAGGCGUCAACUGAAUGCUUUCUUUUUUUUUUUAAUUUUUUUAAUUUUCUACUUUACCCAAUGAAAUCAAAGUGUUUUUAUGUGCUGUGCAAAUGGUUCCUUCAUGUGAUCUGACAGUUUUAUUUUUGGCAUCAUUUUUUUAAUUGAAGGGAAAAAAUUCCAGAAAAGGAAAAAAAAAACAACAAAACAAAACAUUGAAGUUUGACAUUUUAUCUGGAAGAACAUUUGAAUUCAGAAUUUACCUGAAGGUGUAGAUCGAUUUUUUUUUAACAGCAAACCUGAUGUCAAGAGGCAGGCAAGCAGAAAAGGAAACAAAUUGUCUUCCUCAGUAAUUAAGCUACUCUUUCUCUCUUUUUUCCUUCUUGUUUAAAUCUAGUGGGUUGUUUUUUUAUUUUAUUUUUUCUUAGAAAUAUUUUGGUAGGGUUUAUCUUGAAUCUUAAUUGCCUUAAUUUUAAGGACGUCAAAGGCUCUUGAGGCAAGCUGUCAACGUCUUGUUAAAAAAAAAUCAAGAAAGAAUUAAAAUAUUGUGCCAGCUUUGACUGGUACAGAAGUUUAAGACUAUGAGUUUUUAGGGUGAAAAAAAACUGUACAGUUUAAAGGAAAAUGUUUUUCUUCAUUUGAAGAAAAUUUGUUGAUAAAAGAAACCAUGGCAACUGCAGCAAUUGGGAAAAUGCUGGGACUUUUCAUGAACUUUGUCUAAGUGUUGACAUGAAUCAUUCUAGAAGGUGAAAACAUUUUAUGGUAAAAUUAUUAACGUUGGUUUAAAAACAACUGCAUUAGAAAUAAUGCGUGUUUGGGGGGCAGAAUGCAGAUUUUUUUUAUUUACAAAGCGUGAUCGCUAGCAAAAGCAUUAGUGCUUUUUAUCUGCAGUCUUUUUUAUGAGCUUUACAAAGUUUUUAGUCAGCUUUGCUUGUCACAUUGCAAAACCUAGCUUAAGAGCAUAAAAAAAAACUUAAGUAGUUAGGAGCUUAUGGUCAAAAAGUGCAAAAAAACAAAAAAAGCAAUAGAUAGAGAAAUUGUUGACAAUUUCUGUAGUCUUUCUUAGUUGUGAUCAAAUUCAGCCUAUGGAUGGCCUAUUUUAUACCAAAGAUGAAGUGGCACCCUAUUGCAGUCAAGAAGAUAGAAUUUGUUUUACUUUCUUUCUUUUUUUUUUUUUUUUUCCUUUGGUUUAAAUUUUAUUUGACCUACAUGGCCGGACCAGUUCUUACUUUGUUGUUUGUUUAAACUAUCUUCCACUGGUGUUUUACAUACUGCAAAAAAAAAAAAAAAAGGUUUUUUUAAAAUGUAUAUUUGUUGCUAGUAGAAGCUUCCCCUGCUGUGUCAGCAGUCCCAGCCUGAAGAGUUCUGGAUACAAACUGAUAGAGCCAAAUGGCUUUACAUUCCAUGAGCUUCUCUGGUUCCACACUAGCUCUCUUGAAUACUGAAACCUGUACUGAUGGUCACCAAUAAGUCAAGACACUUGUUUAACAGGUCGAAUUUUCUUUAUGUGAUUUAUGAACUAAAGAUACUUCCUGAACCUAGUCUGAAAGCAUAAUAGCAUUCUGUAAAGUGGUGGAAUGGUAUUCUGGAAAAGGUCUCAUUGAAUUUGUAGUAUUUCUUCUAAAUUCUGACACCUCUCUGUUUUAUCUUCUCACUUCAGACUUUGUCAUCAUGCAGCAUGAAUAGCCACCUUGUUUCUGUAUUUGGGGAGGGGAUAUUUCCUUUUUGCUUUUUUUUCAUUGUAGUGUCACAUCCUGGUGUUGCCAGAAAGGGAGACAAAUUAGAACUUUUUAUUUCAAUUUAACUCCCUGAGGCUAGUAGGAUCAACAAGAUUGAAGAUUCUAUUAGAGGACAUUAGGUAAAGUUUUAAAAUGCUAGUUGACAAUCAAGAAAUUAUAUGAUUAAAAUCAAUAAAAAAUAAAAGAAUUAGGUUUGAUUAGUCAUUAAACACAAAGGAGAUAUAUUUGCAUUUAGAAUUAUACAAAAUUUUGUCUAAAAUGAAUUCAGUGGACUUAACAGAAAAACACUUCUGCAUAUUUUAUUCAUGAAAUCCAUGUUUAGCCUGUAGAUAUGCCUGAAAUUAAGGACACUGGAACUUUAUUCAUCGAACCAAUCAAUAGAAUUGCUUUUUGAAUGAAUCGUUAGAAUCAAAUAGGUGAAACUCUUUUCACAAAGUAAAUAAAUUACAGAAAUCUGUCUUAGUCCAGAAGGAAGAGGCAAAUGCAUUUAGUACACUGUAAAUGAAAACAAGGUAGACUUUUGAAAGCUAAAAAAUUUAAAAGAUAAAUCAUAUUCCCAGUAGGUCAGCAUGAGUAAUAAGGUUGAUUCACAUGAAAUUGUCGAUAUCCCACUAUAAAUGAGCUAUAAACAAAGGUCUAGUCUUGAAAUACUCCCUGGUUCUCUUAAUUGCCAUCCCAUGAAUUGGAAGCUUACGUCUGGAGAGUGACUUCAUAUCUUUGUGGUCAAGUUAGAGGUGAAAGUGUAUACAAGCAAAUGUAGCAUGUGCUACAUAGAAAUUCCAGUUGGCCACACCCAUCCUUAUUGUUUUUCAUGCUUUGCAGAGAAUUAUAGAUUUAUAUUCUGCUCCAUCCUCUAGCUCCUUAUGUUUUUUAAGGGUGGCACAUAAUUUUUAUUUUUGAAAAGUGGACCCCCCCCCAAAGCUGGGGGGGUGGUGGUUGGGCAUAAGAAAACAUGUUAAAGAAACCUUAUUUUCUGUUCAUUCUCUGAACCAUUUGUAUGAAUAAGGAUUAUGCUGGGCAUGACUCAUUUGAACAUGAAAACAACAUGCUUUCCUUUGUUUCUGUAAAAAAUAACAAACAUUAAUGUGACACAAAGAAAGUCUCAUUUACACAACCAACAAUGAGGCUAAGAGGUAGCUACCAUGUGGCUGAUGAAUGUGCCUAGGUAACUUCCUGUUUCUAUUCAAAACUGCUGCUUUAUUUAUACAUUCAGAAGCAUUUUUUUCAACUAUGAAAUUUCAAUAAUCUCAAUUUUUUUAAACCACUUCAGGCAAAAGGAAAUCACUCUGCCUGUUAUUUUACAUGUCCAUGUGUUGUUUUGUGUUUGGAUUGUUCAUGCCAUUCUGUAAAAUGUCUUACUUCAAACUGAAAAGAAAAACAAAGAAGGAAAAAUGGCACAAGUUCAAAUUUGCUCCACUCUAUCCGUCACCUCAACUAGGAAUUUUUUUUAAAAACUCAAGUCUGGAAAAAAAAAAAGCAUCAAUGGAGUAAGCAACACUAGAUUGUACAAAAAAAAAAAGCUCAAAAUAUGUUGUUCAAUAUAUGCGGACAUCUGAAUCCUAAUUAAUAACUAAUAUAUAUAUUAUGGCAAUUUUAAUCCUCAUUAGGACUAUGAUCACUUUUUAAAGGUUGAAGUUAAUUUUCCAUGUAUUCUGGUUCACCAGAUUUUUAAGCAUUUAUUCAGAUGUUUCAGCUUCCUCUUUUGACUUUAAUUGCCAAGACUUAGACUAAACAUCUGAAAACAAACUAAAGCCACUAUCCAAAUGGGAGAAACAUCAUCUCAUCCAAACUCUGGUUACAUGGCCAGUGAAAGAGUGGGUUUUCUUUUAAUAAUGAUAAGUGUCUUCAAGGGAGGCAAAGUGCAUAGUAACUGGGAACUCCCCUAUGCAUGGUCAUUUCUUCUAAAGGUGAUGUAAGGGACCCUAAGUGACCAGAAGGUAAACAAUUGCAAGUGCUGGUGACAGUUUGUCCUUGAACACUGGCAUGUUUUGAAUAUUUCAAGUAAUAUAAUAUUCUUAAAAAAACAAACAAACAACAACAACAAAACCUCUGCCUGACUCAGUUUGGCAGGAUUAGUUUAUUUUUCAUAGAUUUCAACAGUUUAGAAUGUUGUCUCCAUGCUUCACCUGAAUCAAUUCUUACCGUGACCUUAGCGGAUCUGCCACAUUUGACAGCAUAUAAGACUCACUUUCUGCCCCCUCCUAAGGAAAAACUAUAUGGUGUUAAAAGCACUCAUGUUAGAGAUGGAAGACAGAGCUGAAGGAGGCUGGAUGAAGCAAGAAGUUCACAUCACUUCGCAGUAUCCAAAGAAUAUAUCAUUUAUGCUUUGCAAAACUGUUAUAAACCUUAUUGAAUAAUUAGAAUGGCUAUUAUAUACAUAUGUAUUUUUUACAGUGGCCCAAUUUAAAAAUCCCUGUUAAUGAAAAGUGAAAUUUGAUUUUAAUAGCACCCUUGCAGUCUUCCUCCUGAUUGAGAGGUUUCAAUGGGCUGUCUAGACAGAUUAUGAUGUUAAUAAGAGACAAAAAUACAUUUUGCAACUAAGUCACAUUCUUAAUUCAGGUGUGUGUACCACUGCAGAUGAGAUGAUGAGCAGAAAGACAUUCUUAAGUGGGUUUCAGUGUUAAAUGUGUGUUUUUUAAAUAUAUGAUUAAAAAAUCAAAGAUAAUAUUUAUGUACCUGUAUAGCAACAUUCUGCAUAUUUAAGGAAUCAACUGGUAAUAAAGUUUAUUUCAAACAGGUCAUAGAAACUUGAUCUGCAUUGUCCCAUCCACACUAGGGAGAAAAGGAUGAGGUUUUGUUUUUCACAUUGUUGUGGCUGGCAUGCUUCAAAACGUUGAAUUCACUGGGACUGACCGUUUCUCACUCCAGCCAGAGGGAUUGAUGGAAUUUAAACAGGCUCAUCUAUUUGUACACUAUCCCCUUCCUGUCACAGAGUGAUAAUAGGAUUUCAUUAAUGAAUCAAUUUGUUUUAUCAAUGACAUCCACGGUGGCACUGGAAGACAUUUGGGUCUGACUGAAGUUUAACAUAUCCUACCAUUUUUAAAUAUGAAAUUCGUUCCUCAGUCCAAGUGCUAUUCGUCAUGGUUGUCCUUUGUGUAUCACAUCAAAUUCUGGAGCGUACAAAAGCUGAAUAUUAAAUCCCCUUGUGGCCCCCAAAGAACUUUUAUGAGGUAGGAGAGGGAAGUUUACCCCAGAUUAGUGAUUUCUUUUAUCUUUGAUUCCAUAUGCCAACACAUAAAUACUCAUUGUGUCAUAGAAAGAGGAUGAUAGUUUCUCAAUAUUCAAUCCUUUAUUUCUGAGAAGGAAAAUAAUGUAUCAAAAGAGUUUCUUCCACUCAGUUAGCUUUAAAGGUGAAGCAGAGGUGAGAUCAAGCUUGGAAUCUUUAGGAAGAAUCACUCAGCCAAAGUCACACUUGAGCUUUUCUUCCAUUUUAUUCAUUCCAUUUAGUAACUGCCCCAAUUUCUGAAUCUUGCAGAAAUACAGUCAUUCUCAAUUUCUGAAGGGCUAAUUAUCUGCUUUGUGGAUUUGUCUUCUUUUUUCAACUAUUAGGCUUUGGAUUCUCUUCCCUUCUAUUAGCAUUUUACCCCGAGGGUGAAAAAAAAUGGAGAUAAAAUUCAAAUCAGUCUAUUUAAGUAUUGAUUUAUUGAAGGAAGUUGAAAUCAUUGGUAAAAUUAAUGUCUGUGCUUUAUAUACUGUGGAUUUCAGUUAUUCAUAAUAUCCCAUUCUCAUCCACCACAAAUAAUUGUUCUUGCAAAAUAUGAAGGGAAAACCUAUAGCAAAGAAUCUGGCUUUCCUUAAAAGGAAACUGUUACGGUUUCAUUCACACUACUAAAUUUUGAACAAGUAGAAAAGAUUAACUCUAUUAUGAGAAUAUAAAGUAGCUCUUGGUUAAAUAUACACCUUUAUCCCUUAUCUUAAAUCUUUGAGCAAAAAAAAAAAUGCAUUUUUUUGGUUAUUGUGUUGUUAUUUUUUGUUACCGUAUAAAGGCUGAAUGACUUUGACACUCCAGUGGAUAUUUUAUGAUUACUUCAAAUUUAAAUAAUGUCCAAAGUAUAACUUUAGAGUUACAUUUUUACUUUAAACCCUCUGUUCUUAGAUUAUAAAGAAAGAUGCUCCAUUCCCCUCCUCAAAAUUUGUUACAUCCUCAAAUGUAAAAAAGAAGUUAGUCCAUACUUUUCAGAAACUGUAAAAAUUAUUUCAAAGAGGCACUUGAAAAUGUUUUCUCCAUUCCAGAAAAUAAUGGCAUCCAUUUAUUUAAAAAGAAGAAAUGUCAUGGAAUCCUAAUUUAAAAAAAUAUAUAUGCAUAUAUAUAUAUAUACACACAUAUAUAUACAUAUAUAUGUAAAGUGUACUUGCUGUGAGAUAUUUGGUUUCUAAAAAAAUGGGACACAGCUUCUUUAAAACCCUUGCUUCAGGCCAUAUUCGAUUUCAUGGAACUUCUGAAAUAUCAUUCAAUUUUGAACUUUAUUUAAGAGCAUUUUUGUACUGCUGUCUCUGAUUGUCAUGGAAAGUUCUGUAAUUCUACAGUGUUUCUGGUUUUAUUUUGAAUUUUUUUCAUCUGUACCACAGUCAAAUUAGCUACCAUUUCUCCCAUUCCUUGGGCUUUCUGUAGAUCAGUGGAUGUUAGAUUUAAACUUCUGUUUUCUUUGAUGAAGCUUUCAAUAAAAAAUGAAAAUAAAAUCAA